AUGCUGUUAAAAUUAAACUAGAAUUAACAUAUUAACAAAUAAAGAAUGAAGAAGAUCGUGUUCGAAAACAUGCAAUUCAAGAGAAUGAACACAAGAUCAAAACAACUUCCUCACUGAUCGCAACUACACCUUCGAAUCUUCCUCUUCCAAUCAUCAAUUCCACCACAUUCAUCAGCAGGCAAAAUGAAUUUCUUGAUACGUUCUACAACGAGCGUGUACUCAGAACGCAAUCCGAUUCCCGAACCUCGCGCUGAUGUUCAUCACCGAUCAGCAUCCGCUGGAUCUUCUUACGAGGCUCAUAAAUCUGAUGUGUCUUAUUCGCCGUACGAAUGUGAUGUUGAUUUGAAUUCGAAACACCGCGAUUUGCCGGUUCCGGUUGUUGAUAAGCACAUUGAUGUUUCUGAAGAUGAAGGAUGGAUCACCAUUCCGUGCAAGGAACUUCCUGAAAACUGGGAUCGCGAGCCAGAUAUACAAUCAUUGCGCCCUCUUGAUCGUUCCUUUCUUUUACCGGGUGAACAAGUUCAUAUCUUGGCAUGCUUGUCUGCAUGUAAGCAGGAUACACAGAUUACUCCUCCAUUUGAAGUUGCUGCAAUGACGAGUAAGAAUGGACGAGGUCAAAGCUCUGAGAAAGAAAGUGGAAGCAUUGAAAACAGAAAUAAUUUAGUAUCCGGAGAAGAAGAAUUGAGUACCAGUGGUGAAGAGCAACCGGCAGAUGUUUUUGAUGGUGACUCCCUUCACAUGGAGGUUCACAAAAGACAAACUGCAUUGCUGUUGCAAAAAUUUGAAAAUUCUCACUUCUUUGUGAGGAUUUCUGAGUCCAAUGAGCCCCUUUGGUCCAAAAGAAGCUCUGUAGAAAGUUUUUCCAAUUCUUCUGAAACACAUAGUCUGAAGGCCCCAACAAUUAAAACUAAAGACAAUGCACUUCCUUCCAUUGGUACAGUUAUUGAUAAAGGAAAUUUUGAUGCAACUGUUUGUGGCGGAACGGCAAGAAAUUCUGUCAAGUGUUUUGCUUUACCUAAUGGAGACAUAGUGGUUCUCUUACAAGCGAAUGUUAGUGUAAAUUUUCUUAAAGACCCUUGUAUAGAAAUUCUUCAAUUUGAAAAGUGUCAGGAGAGAACGUUGUCUCCCGACAGUCAGGUGAAUGAAGUUUGUACAAAUCAAGAUCCAUGUGAAGAGCUGUUAAAUUGGAUACUUCCAUUGGAAAAUGUGAGGCCUCCUACGCGCCCAGAAUCUCAUCAUCAUUUAACUUCAAAUUCAGGAAUUAGUAGCACUUCUCAUAGGUCCAACUUUUCAGCACCAACUGGCUCUCCAUUAUUUGCUUUUGGAAAUUUCAGAAGUUACUCCAUGUCAUCAUUACCGCAAACUACAAACACACCCAAUGCUCCUGUUAAAACAGCUAGUUCUAAGCCAAACUUUGACCUAGAGGAUUGGGAUCAAAUUUCAUCUCAAAAUUAUUUUUGGAAAAAAACUGGGGUGGAAGAACUUCUAUCUUUUCGAGGUGUCUCAUUGGAGCGAGACAGGUUUUCUGUUUGUUGUGGAUUAGAAGGCGUCUAUAUACCUGGUAGAAGGUGGAGAAGGAAACUUGAAAUAAUUCAACCUGUAGAGAUUCAUUCUUUUGCUGCUGACUUUAAUUCAGAGGAUCUUCUUUGUGUUCAGAUAAAGAACGUUGCUCCUGCACACGAUCCAGAUAUUAUGAUAUUCAUAGAUGGCAUAAAUAUUAUAUUCGAGGAGUCUACAAAAAAUGGAGCAGUGUCAUCAUUGCCAAUUUCAUGUGUUGAAACUGGAAAUGAUCAUUCUUUACCAAAUCUAGCCCUCAGGAGAGGUGAAGAACAUUCUUUUAUCCUUAAACCAGAAACCUCUACAUUGAAGAGUCUCAAGGCUCAGGAUGAUAGAAAUUCUCGUUUGUCAAAGCUAUAUGGAAAUAAAGCAUCAAAAUUAAGUCUUGAUCAGUAUGCAAUUAUGGUGUCAUGUCGAUGCAAUUAUACAUCAUCACGGUUAUUCUUUAAACAACCAACUAGUUGGAGGCCACGAAACUCAAGGGAUAUCAUGAUCUCUAUUGCAUCUCAGAUGUCUGGAAAACCUACUGGAGCUUAUGAAAAAACUCAUCGACUUCCUGUUCAGAUCUUAACUCUUCAAGCUUCAAAUUUGACAUCUGAAGAUCUAAAUUUGACAGUUCUAGCUCCAGCUUCAUUUACUUCACCCCCUUCAGUGGUUUCCCUGAAUUCACCGACGACUCCAAAGAGUCCUUUUAUUGGUUUCGCUGAGUUUUUAGCAAGAACAAAUGGUGAAAGAAGCAUCGGUGCCAAAUGGAAAAAGAGCUUCAAUGCUAUUAUGAAAAAAAAAGUGGAACAAAGUUACGAUGUCAAAGCUCAGACAGUUUCUUUGAGUGAUGAUGUCAUUCCCAGUUCCGGUAUUAGUUGUACUCAUCUAUGGUUGCAAAGCAGAGUUCCACUUGGAUGUAUUCCAUCUAAAUCUGUAGUCACUGUCAAGCUUGAACUACUUCCAUUGACUGCUGGAAUAAUUACACUGGACUCUCUGCAAAUUGAUGUCAAGGAAAAAGGUGUUGCCUAUAUGCCUGAAUGCUCCAUGAAGAUAAAUUCAACUUCCAGCAUCUGCAAGGAACUUAUGUAGAACUGACGUUUAGCUGCUUGCAUUUCCUUCUGCAUUUUUCUCUGGUGCCAGUGUAAACAAAAAUCGAUGCUUUGGUUCAACUCAUUUCAAAUUUGUUUAUGCAAACUACUCUUGGCGGAUUUGCUUGGAACAAAAUGAGAAUUUUUCCGUCCUAAACUUUAAAAAUGCUCUAGCAACUUACAGUCAUUGAUAAAUCGUCAGUCACUUGGUUUGGAAUUGUGAUUAAGUUGGCGAAGAGCAUCUUGAUGCAUUGCACUGGGCAGCUGCAAACCGAUUGACCAAGUUUUUCAGAUUUCUAUACUUUAUAUUUGGAUGGAGGGAAAUCAAAAUGAAGAGAAAGAUGGGUAAAUACUUUGAAUUCGAAUGACGAGAAAAAGUGUCAUUCUCCUUGCGAAAAUAUUGUUGAUAGUGCCUAAAGCUUUUUAAACCUUUUGUACAAAAAAUAUAAUUGUAUGAGAAUUAUUCUCUUUUUUUUC